AUGCACGGGAUAUCCCGUAAAACCCCAAGUCAAGAAGAGCAAGAAGCUUCAGCCCUAAAAGCUGCCGAACUUCGUGAUCUCCAAUCUCAGUUCCUUCACCUACAUCAUAACAAAAUAUAUACAAAAGAAGCUUUAGAAACAAGUGCAAAAUUGUUAGAAGUGAAUCCAGAGCAUUAUACUGGUUGGAAUUACCGAAAACUUGCUGUACAACACUUUCUUAAUAACCAGUCAGAGACCGAAGUUGAUUCAGAGUCUAUCCAAUCGGUUCUAAAUGAAGAAUUGAAAGUUGUGGAAAAUGCAUUGAAGAACAAUUUUAAGUCUUAUGGUGCGUGGUAUCAUCGCAAAUGGGUCCUAAGCAAGGGUCAUUCUUCCACGGACAAGGAAUUGCGGCUUUUGGGCAAGUUUCAGAAGUUGGACUCCCGGAAUUUCCAUGCCUGGAACUACAGGAGGUUCAUAACAACGUUGAAGAAGAUAUCGGAUGAGGAGGAACUGCAAUACACGACGGAUAUGAUAUACGAUAAUUUUAGCAAUUAUUCUGCAUGGCAUAACAGAAGUGUGCUUUUGUCUCAUCUGUUCGAGAAAAGAGGAAAAGGACACAGUCACAAAGAGAGCAUUUUGGAAGAGGAAUUUGAGUUUGUACGUAAUGCUCUAUUUACAGAUCCGGAUGAUCAAAGUGGUUGGUUUUAUCAUCUUUGGCUUCUGGAUCAAACGGUUAAACUGGAGCCCCUCCUACUUUCUUCAUGGCCUCCUCAUGGCUCUAGUCUAUAUUUAUCAGCUAAUGAUUACUUCGAUGGUGGAAAUUUAUUUCCAAGGAUGCAUUUCCAAUCUAAAGAUAGAACGUUUCCAAUCGUACUAUAUUUCAGUGAAGCAGUUGAAGGUGUAAACUCUUCUACCGUCACUAUUGAGUAUGAAUACUAUUCUAAUGAUAAUGUUAUUUGGAGACCACUUUCAGCAAAUAAAUUUGGUUGUGCCCAAGCCUGGUUAACUUACCUAAACUUUCCUGAUGAAGUGCACUCUCUAAAGGAUAUCCCUGUUAAAGUUGUCGUAGCACAGUUUCCGGGUAUUGUAUCCUCAAAUGGUAUAUCCUUUAGUCAGACUUCGUAUAUAGAGUUCUCUUUGUGCAUACCUUCCCAUGAUCGAGAACAUAGAGAGGGGCAAACCAUACCGAGAAUUUUAUGGAAAAACGAAAAAUUCUACCCACAUGUUACAGGAUCUCAUGAUGCAAGCUUGCUUAAUCCACUUCAUAAAUUAAAAAUGACUGAGGGUAAAUCAAAGGCAUCUGAUUGGAGUAUGAAGACCAUAGCCAACGAAAUUGCUCACUACAGAGAACUAUUGUCAUCAACAAACUGUAAAAUUGGGAAACUGACUCUUGCAAGACUACUGAUGGCACAAAGCAAAUUGAUUUCAUAUUGUCUCCCAAAUGAUGGAAUGAAGGUCCAUUACGAAGAAAUUCUUGGAUUGUAUCACGAUUUGAUGGAGUUGGACCCUGUACAUAUUUGUUAUUAUGAGGAUGAGUACAGCUUAGUCCUAUUGAAACAGGUGACUUUGAGUAUGGAAUCUAUUCUGAGAUACUACCAUCAAUAUGGAGAUUCAACGUCACCAAGUAUGGAUUCUCAUUUCUGUCUUCGACUCAAUGAUCUCUCAUUGUCGCGAAUUGGGAAUGUUGAGCAAUUGUUGUGGAUUCAAAUGUUAGAUCUCAGCCACAACAAAAUCCGAUCAAUUGAAGGUUUGGAGGCUCUGCAAUUGCUUUCUUGCUUGAACCUUAGCAACAAUAAAAUUUGCAGUUUUGCUGCAUUGGAUCCCUUAAGAAUGCUGAAAUCUCUAGAAGUAUUAGACAUUUCAUACAAUGAGAUUGGUGCUCACUCCGUCGACACAAGAAGGUAUUUGUGCUCAUCUCCCAUGACACAUGCAGUCGAAAAUGAUUGGAGUUUUGAGGAAUUCGCAAAUGUAGGUGUCGAUUUGACAAAUCAUUGGGAUGCAUUUUUUAUUUUCCGGGACUUGAAUUUGAUACAACUAGAUAUUUUGGGAAAUGCAGUAGUUAGUGAUCAGUUAAAACUACUUCUGUUUAAGUUAAUGCCAUCGCUUAAGUGGUUUGAUGGUGAGAAUUGGAAUUAG